CUUCACUAGGUGUACUGAUGUCCUUCUCUUCCAUCGACUUCCCAUUUGUCUUUGCUCUCUGAUCUCUCUCUCUCUCUCUCUCUCUCUCUCUCUGUGCGUUUCUGAGCCUUGAACCCUUCCUUCAAUGGCCAACAGGGCAACUUCUUCCUUAACCAUACAAAUUUUUCACUGCUGCUUUCUGUUAUGGCUAUGUCAAGCAAGGGAUACCCUUAAGCCAGGCGAGAAUCUGGGAGAGAAUGAGACCUUAGUUUCUUCAAAUGGGAUCUUUGAGUUAGGCUUCUUCAGCUCUGGCGGGACUUCCUCGAGCAGCCACUACUUGGGAAUAUGGUUCAAGAAUGACCCAAACAAGAAACCCGUUUGGGUCGCAAACCGUGAAUCGCCCCUCUUGGCCUCCCCCGGAAUCCUUUCUAUCAGGUACGAUGGGAAUAUGGUGAUCACCGACAGGAAGCUAAUUCCCAUAAUUGUGAACGCUGCAAUGCUUGCCCCGAGUAGCAAGACAAUUGCGACACUUCUGGAUUCAGGAAAUCUUCUUCUUAAAGAAGGAGAUAGCAUUGUCUGGCAGAGUUUUGAUUAUCCAUCCGACACACUUUUGCCUGGAAUGAAAAUUGGACGAUUCAAUUUAGGCACUGAACACUUAAGAAAACAGUUUCUCGUAUCGUGGCAAAGCUCGUCUGUCCCUACUACAGGCUCUUUUGCUCUGGGCCUCGAUGAAUAUAACAUUACACAUGUCAAGGUUUGGCACGGAGAUGGUUUCUCAAGGCAGAUUGGAUUUUGGGAUGGAAAGAGGCUUAAAUUCCAAUUUGAAAGCUCGUCACAUGACUACAAUUUUAGCUAUGUUUCGAACCCAAAUGAGGUUUACUUUUCUUUCCAAACUGAAGAAAAUCGUAAUUAUUCAUGGUUUGUGCUGUCUUCAUCUGGGCAAAUUCAGGAGUACAAAAUGAUGGGACAGAAGAUAUUAAUGGAAAAUCGUUCAAUUUGCGAAAAUACUACAGCCAGCAAGGCGACUGACUGUUACAUAAGAACCCCGUACAUGUGCCAGAAUGGAGAUACGUUCUCAGAAAUUAUAGGGUCGAUGCCAGAUUCAGCAAUCGUAAGCGGUUCAGUUCAUCUGGGUCUUAGUGACUGUGAGAUAUUGUGCAAGGAUAAUUGUUCUUGUGCUGCUUUUGCAUCUUUCCGAGAUGAUGGCACCGGAUGUGAACUUUAUUAUGGGGAGAAAAAGGUUCUUUUGCAAUUCAUUGGGGAAGGAAAGGCGACAAUAUACGUUCGUGGGGACACUUCCACAGAAUCUGGUGAACAUCACAGCAGGAGGCUGUGGUGGCUUGUAUUAAUUUCAGUUCUUUCUCUGAUUUUGCCCGUCAUAGUUGCCUUAGUUUGCUACUUCCGAUGGAGAAAUCAUCGUUUAAAAGACUUCGGUCUGAAGCGAUUCCAGGUUCAAGUAGGCUUUUAUCUAGAAGCAGUUGAUAAAGAUAAACGUAAAGACGAAUAUGGUAGAAAGAAGGAUCACGAUCUGCCACUGCUCAGUUUUGAUUGCAUAGCAACAGCUACAAAUAACUUCUCUGAUGAAAAUAAGCUCGGGGAGGGUGGUUUCGGGCCUGUUUACAAGGGCACAUUGCUCGGGAAUGAAAUUGCUGUGAAGAGACUUUCUAGACAAUCUGGUCAAGGACUGGAGGAGUUCAAAAAUGAGGUUCAGUUGAUAUCAAAGCUGCAACAUAGGAACCUUGUUAGACUGUUGGGUUGCUGCAUUCAAAGAGAAGAAAAAAUUUUAAUCUACGAGUACAUGGCCAACAUAAGCUUGGAUUCCUUCCUGUUUGAUCCUACAAAGAAGAUGUUAUUGGAUUGGAAGCACCGUUUCAGCAUCAUUGAAGGGAUAGCUCAAGGCCUUCUUUAUCUUCACAAGUACUCUAGAUUUAGGAUCAUUCAUCGUGAUUUGAAAACCAGCAAUAUAUUGUUGGACGCCGACAUGAAUCCCAAAAUAUCAGACUUUGGCAUGGCAAGGAUUUUUGGAGAUGAUGAAGCCCGGGCAAAAACAAGAAGAGUUGUUGGGACAUACGGUUAUAUGUCGCCGGAGUAUGCUGUAAACGGCCAUUUCUCGAUAAAGUCUGAUGUGUUUAGCUUUGGAGUCAUUAUGCUGGAGAUCCUGAGUGGCAGGAAAAUAGUAACCGUUUGCCAUUCAGAUCGUUUUUUCAACCUACUGGGAUAUGCAUGGGAGUUGUGGAAAGGUGGAAAGGGCUUGGAGUUAAUGGACCCAACACUGUCUAACUCAUGUUUGUCAAGCCAAUUUAUGCAAUGCAUUCAGGUGGGUCUCUUGUGUGUGCAAGAACGUCCAGAAGAUAGACCAACCAUAUCAGAUGUCAUUUCUAUGCUAAGCAAUGAGAGUACAAAUUUGCCUGCUCCCAAAGAAUCAGCCUUUUGCAUCCGUACAAGUUACUCUGCUUCACCUAUGCAGCAAACUAAUUCUGUUAAUGAUGUAACAGUUUCAGGCAUUGUCGCUCGAUGAUAGCUAGCUAACAGUUUCCCAGAACUGUUCUAAGUUCUGAGAUCAAGGCCCAAGGGCAUGCAAUGGGCAUUGUAUUAUUUUAUAAAUUCUUUUACUAUUA